GCAGGGGGCGGCAGUGAUCAUCGAGUGUUGAAGCUGGAAACAAUCGACGAACAAAGCCGCUCAGUAACCGUCUGGUUUAAAACAUUUUUGUAGUUAAAAUAGGUUUCUCAAUGUCGAAUUUUACUAUAAAACAUUUCAACUUAACAAACAGCAGCAUGUAGUUUCAUAACAAUGUUUUCAUCGUACAACAUUUGCUGAGUAACGUUAUUCGUCUCGCAGGAAAGCUAAAUCAUUUUUGAUAAACACCCAUUGCUUUCACAGUGAUUAUUUACACGUUUAAAGAACUUUAGUGAAUACAUGUGCCGUUAACCCUCAGUUUAAUUCAUUAUAUGAUGGAGAUCGCUUAUGUUUGCGAGUGGGAGAAGAGACCAAAGAGCAACCACUGUCCGUCAAUCCCUCUGGUGUGCGCCUGGUCAUGCAGAAACCUCAUCGCCUUCACAACAGAUCUGAAAAACGAGGAAGAUGACAAAGAUCUCAGUCACAUGAUACAUAUCAUUGACAGUGAUCACCCCUGGGAUGUUUACUCGAUCAACUCUGGUCAUGCUGACAUCAUUUCCUGUCUGGAAUGGGAUCAGUCAGGUUCAAGGCUGCUGUCAGCUGAUGGUGAUGGGCAGAUUAAGUGUUGGGGUAUGACAGAGCAUCUGGUAAACAGCUGGGAGUGCACACAGACCAGCUCAGUGGAUGGAGACCCCAUCGUAGCCCUAUCGUGGUUACAUAAUGGAGUCAAACUGGCCCUGCAUGUUGAAAAGUCGGGCUCUACAAACUUUGGUGAGAAGUUUUCACGGGUGAAGUUCUCCCCCUCUCUCACGCUGUUUGGCGGGAAGCCCAUGGAGGGUUGGUUGGCAGUGACGGUGAGCGGGCUGGUCACGGUGUCGUUGUUAAAGCCCAACGGUAAUCUGCUGACAGCAAGUGAGAGUCUGUGCAGGCUGAGAGGUCGUGUGGCCCUGGCUGACAUCGCCUUCACGGGUGGAGGAAACAUUGUGGUGGCGGCAACAGAUGGCAGCAGCUCUUCUCCAGUGCAGUUUUAUAAAGUGUGCGUAAGCGUGGUGAAUGAAAAGUGUCGCAUUGACACUGAACUUCUGCCUUCGCUUUUUAUGCGCUGCACCACAGACCCGGUUCGAAGGGACAAGUAUCCUGCCGUCACGCACCUUAAAUUUCUCACAAGGGAGAACUCGGAGCAGGUGCUACUUUGUGCGUCUAGUCAGAUGGGCAGCAUUGUUGAGUGUUGGUCGUUGCGUAAGGAAGGUCUUCCUGUCAAUAACAUCUUUCAGCAUCGUUCACCCGUGGUGGGUGAAAAGCAGCCAAUGAUUCUGAAGUGGCGAAUUCUCUCUGCGACCAAUGAUCUGGAUCGCGUGUCUGCUAUCGCUCUGCCUAAACUUCCAAUUUCCAUCUCCAACACUGAUCUCAAAGUCGCCUCAGAUACCAAGUUCUUCCCAGGCCUUGGUCUUGCUCUCGCUUUCCAUGAUGGGAGCAUUCAGAUUCUCCACCGCCUUUCCUUGCACAUAAUGGGUGUCUUUUACGGUUCCUCCGGUUCCUCUCAGCGUCCCGGAGAGGAACCCGCCAUUAAACGUCAGAGAGCGGCCGGCCCGACGCUGCACUUCAAAGCCCUUCAAUUCUCCUGGACCUCUUUGGCUUUAGUGGGCGUGGACACUCAUGGGAAGCUUCACAUGCUUCGAGUAUCUCCAUCUAUGGGCCAGAUGUUAGACAUGAACACACUCCUCCGGCACCUCCUGUUUCUGCUGGAGUACUGCAUGGUAACAGGAUACGACUGGUGGGAUGUGUUGUUGCACGCACAGCCUGGCAUGGUCCAUAACCUUCUGGAGAAGCUUCAUGAGGAGUACAUGAGACAAAACCAGGCACUGCAGCAGGUUCUGUCCACACGUAUAGUAGCGGUGAAGGCAUCCCUCUGUAAGCUUUCAUCUGCCACUGCGGCGAGAGCUUGUGACUUUCACGCUAAACUGCUGCUCAUUGCCAUCAGCUCAACGCUAAAAUCUCUCCUGAGACCCCAUGUGCUCAACACACCUGACAAGAGUCCUGGAGACAGACUUACAGAGAUCUGUGCCAAAAACACUGACACUGAUAUUGAUAAGGUUAUGAUCAACCUGAAGACGGAGGAGUUUGUUCUGGAUGGUCCUCCUCUUCAGUCCUUACAGCAGCUUAUUCAGUGGGUGGGCGACUUUGUUCUUUACCUGCUGGCUAACCUGCCUAACCAGGGUUCAAUCGUACGUCCAGGGUUCGGUUUCCUGCGGGACGGUGCGUCUCUGGGCAUGCUCAGAGAGAUGCUGGUGAUGAUUCGUAUUUGGGGCCUGCUGAAGCCCGGCUGUUUACCCAUCUUCACGGCCACAUCUGACAACCAGGACAGCAUGUUUCUGCUCUUCCGACUGCUCACCAAACUCUGGCUGUGCUCUCGAGAUGAAAGUCACCCACAGGACCCGGACGAGACGUUGAUUGAUGAGUGCUGUCUGCUCCCCAGUCAGCUUUUGGUACCCAACAUGGACUGGCUGCCCAUCAAUGACGGCGUUAUCACUAAGAUACAGAGCAAACACCCACUAAGACUGCAGUUCGGCAAACCGUACACGCUGCCUGGGGUCAACCCCAAUGCUCAGGUGGAGGUGUUCAGAAGUCCAGCGUCUCAGAGAAUGGACCACCUGCGAUGUUUACAUUUGGGCAUCACUCCUACAGAGGACAGUAAAGCUUGCACCAGAUGUGGAUGUGCCACCAUGCUGAGAUCCCCAAAUAAUACCAAUGCCAUGAGACAGUGGGAGCAGCGCUGGAUCAAGAACUGUCUGUGUGGAGGUCUCUGGAGAAAAAUCCCCGCCACACUAACAUAAUGACCACAUACCUGUACAGAUUUCAAUCCCGACACGGCCAUACAACUAUUCCCUUCCAAUAUUUCUUUAAUAUUCCUUUAAAAGAUGAAGUGAGAUGUUUUGUCUGAUAUUUUUGUCCUGUUGUAAAUAUGAACAAUGUAUUUUGUUUUGUAAUCUUGUAGUACUUAAUAAACAGUUUUAUAAACACGCUCUGACACCCAUAAGGACAUA